UACUAGACCCAGAGGUGGUGUUUCUCCCCUCCUCUCUCCCCCCAGGCUCCAGUCCCAGGACCAAGCUGCGUGCUGUCAUACUAGACCCAGAGGUGAUGUUUCUUCCCUCCUCUCUCCCCCCAGGCUCCAGUCCCAGGACCAAGCUGCGUGCUGUCAUCCUAGACCCAGAGGUGAUGUUUCUCCCCUCCUCUCUCCCCCAGGCUCCAGUCCCAGGACCAAGCUGCGUGCUGUCAUCCUAGACCCAGAGGUGGUGUUUGUGGCUAACCUGAUGAGURCGGACGCUCCGGCCCUGGUGGCCUCYUUCCAAUGUGACYUCAGUCUGAAGCUAGAGCCUGGGGGAGGGGCCUCCGGGGCCCCUGGGGGACAAAGCAUGACGGCCAACCUCAGAGAGCUCAAAGUUCUGGCCUGUCCUUUCAUCAGGACCAAUGAGAACAAGGUGGUCACCACGGUGCUACGUCCGUGUUCUGUCUUCCUGGAAACCAAAACCCWCCCCAACCAACCCCUUACCGGCUCUGUGACUGUGGAGGAAGUCAUUAUCAAAAUCUCCCCUGUCAUCCUGAACACAGGAUGACCAUCACGGCAGCCAUGCCGGCUAAACCUAAAGACGAGGCAGCGGAGAGAGGAGAAGACUGAGGUCAGCGACCUGUGGUCCACCAUGAACAUCUACACCUGCAACUACUGGUUCCUGGAGUGGGCUCUGCAG